AAUUCCGCACGGGGCGGGUCCCCCAGGCAGAUGCGCUGGGCUUGCCGCGCGCGGUUGCCUUGGUAACCGCACGCGGCUGCGGGAGUCGCCUUUCGCCGCUCGGCCCGGGCCAUUGCCGGAAGUGACGCGAGUUCACCUGCCGAGCGGGGGCGGGGGUGCAGAGGUGCCGCGGUCGGAGCCGCAGCCGCCGCCGCCGCGAGCCAGUCGGGAGCACGCCAGGCGCCGGGAGACUGGGACCGGGAGCGACAGCCGCCUACCUGCAGCCGCCGCCCACGGCACGGCAGCCACCAUGGCGCUUCUGCUGCGCUUUGCGCUCUUGUGGGGAGUCGCGGAUUUCACCCAGAGUUUGAGCAUCACUACUCCUGAACAGAUGAUUGAAAAAGCCAAAGGGGAAACGGCCUAUCUGCCGUGCAAAUUCACACUUAGUCCUGAAGACCAGGGACCGCUGGACAUCGAGUGGCUGAUAUCACCAGCUGAUAAUCAGAAGGUGGAUCGAGUGAUUAUUUUAUAUUCUGGAGAUAAAAUUUAUGAAGACUACUAUCCAGAUCUGAAAGGACGAGUACAUUUUACGAGUAAUGAUCUUAAAUCUGGUGAUGCAUCAAUAAAUGUAACGAAUUUACAGUUACUGGAUAUUGCCACCUAUCAGUGCAAAGUGAAAAAAGCUCCUGGCGUUGCAAAUAAGAAGAUUCAGCUGACAGUUCUUGUUAAACCUUCAGGUACAAGAUGUUACAUUGAUGGAUCAGAAGAAAUUGGAAAUGACUUUAAAUUAAAAUGUGAACCAAAAGAGGGUUCACUUCCAUUACGAUAUGAAUGGCAAAAAUUGUCUGACUCACAGAAAUUGCCUGCCUCAUGGUUACCAGAAAUGACUUCAUCUGUUAUAUCUGUAAAAAAUGCCUCUUCUGAGUACUCUGGGACAUACAGCUGUACAGUCAGAAACAGAGUGGGCUCUGACCAGUGCCUGCUGCGCCUGGACGUCGUUCCUCCUUCAAAUAGAGCUGCAACAAUUGCGGGAGCUAUUAUAGGAAUUUUGCUUGCUCUAGUGUGCAUCGGUUUUAUCGUCUUUUGCUGCCGUAAGAAGCGCAGAGAAGAAAAAUAUGAAAAGGAAGUUCAUCAUGAUAUCAGGGAAGACGUGCCUCCUCCAAAGAGCCGUACAUCCACUGCCAGAAGCUACAUAGGCAGCAAUCACUCAUCCCUGGGAUCCAUGUCUCCUUCCAACAUGGAGGGAUAUGCUAAGGCUCAGUAUAACCAAGUGCCAAGUGAAGACUUUGAACGCGUUCCUCAGAGUCCGACUCUCCCACCUGCUAAGGUAGCUGCCCCUAAUCUAAGUCGAAUGGGAGCGGUGCCUGUCAUGAUUCCAGCACAGAGCAAGGAUGGGUCUAUAGUAUAGACUCUCCAUACCUCUCAUCUACACUCUCCGUGUUUCUUUCCACUUGAUAAAUGAAAACAUAUUCUGGUCUAAAUUAUGUUUCUAGCCUCAAAAUAUAUCAAAAAGAAAUUGAUCAGAAAACUGUAAGAAAUAUACUUCAAAAACAUUUUUUUUGGUUAUAUUAAAGUAGGUAAAGACAAAUUUACCAUCUGAUCAAGCCAGCUGGGUUUUUUUAGAGAUUGAUUUUAAUGGGUUCUAAAUAAGAAGACCUAUGUAAGAUGUAGGUAGCACUUUGAAUAUCAAAUCUUAAGUGAAGAAACUGGUGAACUGAUAUGUAUACCAAGUUGAUACGUGAAUCAUGUGAAAGUGGUACUUUAUAAUUUCUACCAUUUUUAGGGUGUGUCUCAUUUAUUUAUGACCUGAUAGUCUCCUCCAAAUUAGUAAAUGGCAAAAUUACUUGUAUAUGUUUGCACUUGUUUUUGAUAGCUUCUUUGACAACUCUAAAUGUGUUUGGAAUAUCUCUAAUAACAUAGAAAACAUUACUAUGUUUUAGAAAUUACUAGUUUUUUGGGGCAGCACUUGUGGCUCAAAAGGGUAGAGGGCCGG